AAAAGAUUAGCGGUAAGAGGAGGCUCCUGCGUACGGAGGUGGGCGGUCCGUUCAUCCACUGUUAACACACAGCCAUAUGGUUCAGACGGGGUUAUGAUGCGUCCCCAAAUGAACCUGAUGGAGCAAAGACACAAAUAGGAGCUGCGCGCGAUUCCAGGCGAAACAGAGUCGGAACGAUUGAACGGCGACAGAACGCAGCCGGUAACAGUCGGUUGUACUUUAAAGGGGGAUAACCGUGAAAACCGUUUGAUUAUUUUGUGUGCAAAACCUUUAAGUCUUAAAUCGACUUGACACGCGAAGACUUUCUUCAACAGAAGAAGCGGGCGAAUUUUGAACCGAAUUACGCGGCGAUUUAUAAUGGUGGAGCAAUUGCUACAUCAAUAAACCUGACAUUGAACAACGAACUUGAGCAACCAACCAAACAUUUUACAUCACAAGUGAGUCAUAAAUACCCCCAAGAAUGUUCGAAGAGUCAUCUCAGGAGAUAAGAGAGCAGAAUGGCGUAGUCAUGAAGGUCAUGGAACCUGCUGUCACUACAGGGUUGCUGGGGUUAAAUGUGGCAGCUCCCAGCGGCACAAUGUCCUUCACAGAUGAGGCUGUGUCCAUUCUUACCUCAAGUAGUUUGCUAGCACGUUCGCUCCUUGGCCGAACAACAGCAGUAAAACGCAAAGAAACCGUUCCAGGAAAUGCCACAGCAAGACGGAAGCGAGAGUUUAUUCCUUACGAAAAGAAGGACGAGGGUUACUGGGAUAAGCGCAAGAAAAACAAUGAAGCCGCAAAGCGCUCGCGCGAGAAACGUCGAGUUAAUGAUAUGGUGCUGGAAAACCGCGUGCUCGCGUUGCUUGAGGAGAACGCCAGGCUGAGAGCGGAACUCCUCGCCCUUAAGUUUCGCUUCGGCCUUAUUAAAGAUCCGUCUAACGCUCCCAUUCUUCCACUCACGACAGGAACCUGCAUCCCACAACCUUCCACCACACAUUACUACCUUCCACGUGGGGAUGGAACCCACCAUGCUGGUCCAACAAUGUCACACCAGUCGCCUCCUCAGAGUGGAGCCCAGUCCGGAAGAGGUAAUAGAGAGACAAGCAGUAUGUCUGAAGAUUCAGGGUUCUCCACUCCUGGUGGGUCCAGUGUCGGAAGUCCGGUCUUCUUUGAGGACAGACUGAGUGAUCAUGGCAAACUGUCGCCACACCGAGCAGAUGAGCUUGGCUACGAGUACCAUCACUCCCUAAAUACAGAUGGCGCCUUAGCCGUGGGACAUGUAACCAUGUCAUCCAGUCGGAUGGAGUCAGUGGAAGGUAUAAGGUGUCUUCCGCACAAACUGCGGUUUAAAUCUCCAGGCAACGGCGAAGGCGACAAUCCUGGAGACCGACAAAGUCCCGUCCUGCCAGUGGGGGUCGCUAGAGUUCACAGCCUGUCUGGUACAAGUGAAGGGUCUGGUUGCUGGCCACAACAGGAUGGGGAGGAAACCAGAAAAGUAAUGCCACAGCAGCACUGCAAUCCCGCCAGCAGUUACAGCCACAACAUAAAUCCCAAUGAAUCGCAAUACCAAGUUGAGAACAGUAUGCUCAAAUCUCAGCUCAGUUCUCUCAGUGAGCAGGUGGCCCAGCUCAAAAAGCUCUUCUCCGAGCAGCUACUCACCAAAACUAAUUAAAGACAUUUUAAAGACGCACUGGAACAGGCAGACAAUAAAGAUGGCCAGGGUCAAAUAUUUACAUAUGAACGUCCAUAAAUCCACAAUUAUAUCAAUUAUAUUUCUUCAGUUUAAUCCUGAUUGAAAGAGAGAUAUGAUGAAAAGAUAGUAACAUGUACAUUACUACCUACCUCUUCACUCUGGUCAUAGCCAAAUUGGGCCUAGCAUAUAAAACUCCAUAUUCAGGAACAUGCAAGAAGUUGAUGAGAGCAUUCCGACCACAUUUUGGACACGUAUCACUGCAUUGUUGUAAACUGCAACACCUCACCUCGAUUGAUUCACUUCCUCUUUGCAUCAAACACUGUGAUCUUGCUCACAACAAAGUGUGCAUCCUUUUUCAUAGUUUUAUUCCUCUAUUGUAAGUCGCUUUGGAUAAAAGCGUCUGCCAAAUGAAUAAAUGUAAAUGUAUUAUGUGCCAACACUACUGUUUCAUUUUUAAAGACUUAUCAGUUCACAAGAUGUGAUAUGUGCAGUUUUUACACUGUAAUAUUUCUUCUGCAACUCAAUUUGUUUGAUGCACUUGGAUCAUUUUUGUGCAACAUAUGCCACAGACUAACACAAAACAAGCAACACCAGAGGGCAAAAAACCUUGCAUCUGUUAACAUCAUAUGGUUUAUUCUAAGUGGCAGUUUUCCUUGAAAUAAUUUGGUUUAUUAUCACCACCAUGAACCAGUAGCAACACAGCACAGGACUGCAUUAUUCAUUUCCAUUCAGAUCACUGCCGUUGUCCAGUCAAGGAUCAUAUCUGAAAGACAAACACUGUUAUUUGCAUUUUGAUGGUGGAAUUUCUGUUGUCUUGUGAGUUCUCAUGUAUUUGUACAGUAAAUAUACAUAAUGUUUGUGUGAAUAAAUCUUUGAACAGCA